CGUCUCUUUCCCUCGCAAAAUGUAAGCCAUUGAACUGCAGAUGUCAGAAACUGCAUCCCUUGGUCUUCUCUCCAGCUUCAAGGGGAUAUCAGAUAUGCGUGCGCUUCUUCCGCAUAAUUUCUUGAAUUAGAAAACUAGAGUAUGAUGUCUAGGGGUUGUGCUUAUACAUUUCCUAACCAAUUUUCAACACUAAUACAAAAGCAGAUUUCAGGUGUUAGAGUGGAUGGUUUGCUGCAAAUCCAGUUCUUGAAGUACCAUGCUCCUAGGAAGAAAGCUGUGAAGUUUGCAGUGUCAGCUGAAAAGGUAAUUGGUACGCCACCAGUCCACAUAACCCGUAGUCAAAGUGAACGAUCUUUGACUAGAUCAAAUACUGGUGAGAAGAAACUACUUCAGAGAAAAGGAAAGAAAGAACACCAUUUAUGGAAGAAAAGAGAUUCUGCUGGGUCUGGGCAGAAGGCACUCAAUCUUGUUAGGAUUAUCUCAGGACUUCCAGAUGAGAAGAAUGUUGUUUAUGCUGCACUAGAUAAAUGGGUAGCAUGGGAAACUGAGUUUCCGGUGAUUGCAGCAGCUAAGGCCUUAAGAAUAUUAAGGAAACAAAACCAGUGGAGACGACUAAUCCAGGUGGCCAAGUGGAUGCUGAGCAAAGGUCAAGGAGCAACUAUGGGUACCUAUGAUUUGCUUCUGCUGGCAUUUGAUAUGGAUCAGAGAGUAGAUGAGGCAGGGAUGUUAUGGAAUAUGAUCCUAAAUACACGCACCCGCUCUAUCUCAAAAUGGCUGUUUUCUAGAAUUAUUUCAUUGUAUGAUCACCAUAAUAUGCCGGAUAAGAUCAUAGAGGUAUUUGCAGACAUGGAAGAAUUGGCAGUAAAACCGGAUGAAGAUACUGUUAGAAGAAUUGCUCGAGCUUUCCACACAUUAGGUCAAUUAGACAAGCAGAAGAUGGUUCUGAAAAGGUAUCAGAGGAAAUGGAAAUAUAUUCACUUCAAUGGUGAACGUGUUAGGGUGAAAACAGAUAAAUGGGAUGAAUGAAGUAGUUGCGACUCCUAACACCAUCGGUGUUGAGUUUAAAGCCUUCAGGAAUAGUGAGAGUAGAUUAGUAUUGUACUUGUGAGAUUUACCUAAUGUGUUGUUCAUAUCAUACUUGGAUUUGAGUAAUAAAGUCGAACCUUUUCUAGAAUUGGAUCUUUCUUAUGUUGACAUUUCAGACUAUAUCUGUCUAAUGAGAAUCCAAGGUGGUAAAAAAAAGCCUGAGAUCUAAAUGUCAUAUGCUAAAAACUAUGCCAAUGACACUGCAAUGGGACUUUUAACAGUAUGGAGUCCAUCAUUCCAGGAUGGGAGGAGAGAUUUCAACAGAGAAUCCCAAUGGAGGCUGAACUCUAGCAAAGUAAAGACUUCUGUCACUGCCAACAUUUGUGACGGUUCUCUUGGCAGUCACUCUCCCUUCGAGUUUGGGAAUGGCAACGGAGGGAUAGUUGAGGUUGGAAGGUGAAGGAGCAUGCUCGGGGCACUUGAAGGAUGGGACGACGCCCUUCACUCCAUACGCACAAAGGAAGAGAAGAUAAUCAGUGUAUGAGGCGUCGUAAACCAGUCCAGGAUCUGCAGCUUUGGAUGGCCUAAAAUGUCCUCCCCCGAAUUGGAAUGGAUCUGCUGGGGAGCCGUUUGCAUCAGUUAUUUGCUUUCCCACGUUGUUUCGCAACCCAGCUGCAUUCAUGUAGAAACAUCAACUCUAAGCACAAGCACUGCUCCAGUCAGGAUGAAUGGCCUUGAGAAGUGCGGUGGCUCCACCUACAUGGGGGCAAGACAUGGAAGUUCCCGACAAGAUAUUAUACUUCACCACUCUGUGAUCAAUAUCGAGCUUUGUAGGUGAUGAUCCUUCACUCCACGCAGCCAAUAUAUUCAGCCCAGGCGCAGUUAUAUCCGGCUACAUACAAGAAUCUCAUCAGAGAACAUAAAAGCAGAACCGAAUCAACAAGAACUGUGUGAGCGGGGAAGAUAUAGGCUUUCGGCUCCUUCGAAGACUCAAUGUACUCGAGAAUUUGCUGUGCAGUUUCAUAGUCCACUGCAGUGGCUGGAAGGAGAUGAGCAUCAGCUGCGAGUUCAGCUCCGUUCGCUUUGCUGUUUCCGAGUGACAGUGAAUCUGGUAGACAUUGCCUGCAAAAUCCCAAUCAUCAGAACAAGUAUGAAGUAUGAACACUCUGCAAGUAAAGAAGUAGUGCAAUUCAUUACCCUUCAAGAUCUUUGGAUACAUUUGAUUUCACCACCUGCCCUGCAUAAACCAGAUGUAAAACCGGAGCCAAGAAUGCUCUAUCCACGCUGCUGGCGCCGACGGUCAUGAUCCACGGAGCCGUAUUGGACAACGUAGCCGGCGCGGGCCCGGAAUUCCCGGCGCUACACGAGACAACAAUGUUCUUCUUAAUCGCGUGGAGCGCGCCGAUCGCGAUGGAGUCUUGAUUAAACGGCGUGGGCUGGUUGGUCCCGAUGGAAAUGCUGAUCACAUCCACACCGUCCCUUAUCGCAUCAUCGAUGGCCGCUAGCAUGUCCUCUUCGAAACACGUGUUCCCCUCUUCUUUGCCCUUCGCCGGAACCGCCCAACAAACUUUGUACAUGGCUAGCCUGGCGAGCGGCGCGCCGCCCGAGGCUAUGCCUGCGGCGAAGCCGCCCAGGGCGGAGACGUUUUCCACUCUCCGGCCGGCGGCGGUGGAGGACGUGUGCGUUCCGUGGCCAUCCUUGUCGCGGGGAGACUUGUAGUCUAGUGUCCUGUUUAGUGGGCCAUAGUAGCUUUCGUAGCCCUUGAGGUAGUAUUUGGCGCCAAUUAUCUUCCUGGGAAAAAACAAAAAGAACCAAAAUUCAUGGGUUGAUAACGAUAAUGAUUCAAAUGAUGCA